AUGGAGCCGCUGGCCCCAAGCACUCCUGGCAGAACACGCAGGCAGCCAGUGACGGCGCCGUGUGUUGGCCGCCGUCUUCCAGGCCGGUUGGCCGAGGGAGACGCGGAGUGGACCAGAGCCGGCCUGGUGGGUGUGCUGAGCGUCGCCAUCCUUGCUCGCAAUGCGCCUGUCACCCGGCAUGGGAGGAAGCGUCAACCUCGAUGUUCCCUUCGGUCUCUUGCAGCUCCUCCUUUAGAGGACACGCUGAUCCAGGUCUUCCAGGACGGGGUGCAGGUUCUGGGUGGCGAUACCGGCGAGGAGCUGAGUGGCCCAAGACCCCAGGAGUGGAAGAUCGAAGAGGAAGAAGACACUGGGGCUUUGUAUUACGGCAGGUUCCGCGUGGAUGGCAUUCCACCACGCCAGGGGGCAACAGUGGGCAACACCUUGCGUAGAACGCUGCUGCGGCAGGACUUGUUCAGAACCUACGCCGCAGUGGCCUUCCGCCUCCGCUAUCGCUCCUACAACGUGGAUCAGGGGAAGGUCUACGUUUCCCGAGCGCAGCCAGCCCUCCACGAGUUCGCGUCGGUCCCCGGCGUCCAGGAGUCGAUGAUCGACGUCGUGCGCAGCGUGCAGCAGCUGACGGUGGCCAAAGCACCCUGGGAGGCACCCCCCGACCUUCCGCUGUCUGGCAUGGCAUCGGAGCACCCCAACGAGCCCGAUGUCUGGCGCUGGGCCACGCGGCGAUGUGGCCCUUGCCCUGUCAAGGCGCAAGAUCUGGACAUGGUGGACAGCUCGGCCUUUUACGAAAGCCCCACCCAUUUGCCGCUCGGGGAUCAGCACUUGCUGCAGAUCUCCGCCCCUGCAAUGAUCGAAUUUGAGGUCGAAGCCACACGCGCCUCGCAGUCGGAGUGGGAAAUGGCACCCGCCUUCGAAGAGUACCGAAAGCGCCUGCGAUGUGAUCGCUGGCUGCUUGUCCCUCCUCUCUUCUCACCUGUGAGGAAGGUCAAUUACAUGGUUACCGCCGGCGAAGACUCUGAAACAGAGUCGGUUCAGCUGGAGCUUUGGACAACGAAGGCGGCCAGGCCUUCUUACCUCGUGCGAACCUCGGCGGCCUCGCUUCUGGCGUCGCUGGUCGGCCGACGUGCCGAUGAUGCCGAUGACGCCGUGGAAAUGGCGAAUCUUGCCGAACAGCGGCAGACUGAUGAUCUAGGUGGCGAUGAGCCUUAUAUGGAUGAUGAUCCUUAUAUUGAUGAUGAUCAAGACGCCCUUGACGACCUUCUUAGCAGUGCAAUCCCAACUCAGCUGGGGACGAGCAACGACGGGGACGACGAAGGCAUGCGAGCCCUGACAGAGGGCUUGUUUGAUGUGUGA